ACAUCACCCAAUCUUUGGCAUCAGUCCCUCCAAUCUCUUCUUUCUCUUGCUGCGCGCAGACUUGACGCCCAUCACACACUCAGUCUCGAGGCUACAAAGUCGUUGGUCCUUGGAGAUUGUGGACAGGAGGCCGGCCGCUUAUCUCGAUCACCCAGUGGCUGAUGCACCUGCCUCGCCAUACCCUAACGUCGCACACCCUAUCGCCUGCCUUUGUUAAUGCUCAGUUCUGCUCAAACACCACCGCCGCCUUUCCCUCGGCAUCCACAUCGAAGUUUCAGACCGGGGAUGGCGCUCACAGCAGGGCGGCGCAGCUCCCUGAUGGCGUGUUUGCAUGCGCCACAAGAACCGGCUUCUUUGUGGGACAAACAUGCCCCCUCAAGGUUCUCUCACGGACAGACUUCUCCUCGGUCCAUGGUGGUCUUUCCCGCGCCGCCGUCCUCGAUGGAACUUCGCUCCUUGUGCUCGUUGGCGGAGGCCGCGUACCUCGCUUUGCGCCCAAUAAAGUCAUCUUGUGGGACGAGGAGGCCAUAGAACGUAGUGCUGGGUCUACGGAGGCAUCGGUCUCCCGUGGACAGGGACCGCCUCGGGAUGCUGUCGACGACAGCAGCGACAACGACGAUGACGACGAUGAUGGAGCUCCCUCGACUGGUGGGUCUACCCUCUUUUCGGUGGGACGUGAGGAGAGGGAAAUGGAGAGCAGCGUCGGAGGAACGGGGCCGGAGCCGCAGAGAGACGUCCCGGCAUCGAACCAUAUGGCCGAGAGCCAGGAAUCGACCGGUUUCGCUCGUCUCUUUGGCCAGGACAGUCAGGCAUCGCUGGGCAAGUCGGUACCUGACCUAGCCGAUGAAGACAGCACGUCGAGCAUGCAUCAGUCUACUUCCACUUCUGAAGGAAAGCCCUCUGCGCUUACUACCUCGACGGCAGAUCUCGAGGACCCCUUCGUUGCCGACGAGCUGGCGGGACGACAGCCGGACUCUAGCAAGGUCGAGCAAAAGGUCGAUGCCUCAUCAUCAUCACAUGAUUCGAUGCCGCGUUUGGCUAGUGCAUCAACUUCUUUGGAUCAGUCUGAGAAUAUUGCUGCGCUACCUCGUCGCUUUGUCAGACGAGGUCGGGAAGUGGCCGAGCUCGAAUUUGGCGAGGCGGUUCAAGGAAUAUGCGUCAGGACUUUUCAGACAAGCGCUGUGUCGGCAUCCAAGGAGGACAAGGGGAAGGGCAAGGAAAAGGUUACGAGGCUGGCGGACGAGGAGCCAACAAGAGAGGAACGACAAACGCAGCUGUUAGCUGGAACCGCAAACGACCUUUGCUCGUUGCUCGUUGUAAUACUCCAAAAAAGAGCCGUCGUCUUUGAGCUCGGACCGCAUCUCGAUGAGCAGUCGUCAACGGGCUCGGUCUCCUCUUCUGCAUCGUCAUCUCCGCCUUCCUGGGGCAUCCGAAAGCGUCUUCAGGUCGACAUUUGUCCAGGCUCAAAGGGCCUCGUGAGCGUGGCGCCUAUGCUCACAUCGCGAUCGAAGACUCCGACAUCUGCCCUUGUCGCCCUGCCAGGUCGUCAAGCCGGACAUGUGCAAAUGAUUCGAGUGCCCUUGCUCGCGCACAAGUACGCGGCCGCAGGCACGUCGAGCAUCAUUGCCGCACACAGCACAUCGCUUGCCAACCUAACGUUGAGUGAUUGUGGGCGAUAUCUGUGCACAGCUUCGGAGCGCGGCACCUUGCUGCGCAUAUGGAGCACUUACAGGAACUCGACCACUUCGUCCUCGUCGUCAACUUCUUCGUCCUCAGGAUCAGGUGCCGGAGGCGCGGGAAUGAGAUCGAGCAGAGGCAAACACACCUUUGGAGCCAUGCUCCUGGUCGAGCUCCGUAGAGGCUCGGAUCCGGCAAAGAUUCUUAGUGUGGCUUUUUCGGGCGACAACCGCGUCCUGGCGGCGGCUAGCGACAAGGGGACGAUACACUUCUUUGCUCUGGAGAACCUAGAAAGAGACGCUAACCUCGCGGCUGCUUCCUCCAUUGCCAGCCACGACUCUGCUCAGCCUUCUCAGUUGCAUCGUCGAAGUGCAGGAGCGAGUCUCAGCGCCCUUUCCAACAAGUACCUGCCGACUGCGAUCAACAAUCUAGCUUCUCAGAUACCACCUUCCAUGCUGCCGACCUACCUCAAAUCACAAUGGUCCGACUCGCAAUAUCGAAUUCCCCUUCGAACAUUCUCACCAUCUGUUGAAGACCGCGCCCUUUCUUCAUCCGCCUCGGCACGUCGACGAAGGGCAAGGAGGAUGAGGGGUCUACCCGAAUACGCCGCUGGCGUUGUCGGAGCACGAAGACCGCCCGACGAUGAGAGCGAUGGGGACGUCGAAACGCCGCGAGGAGGCGCAGGCGUGACGAGGAGCAUGGAAGGCAACUGGGUUGCGCUCAAGGGGAGAAUCGAGGAUGUACGGAGGGGCGAAGUGGGCAAGGAGGAGGAAAUCUUCUUGACGUGGGUCCCCGCCGGAAAGCCUCUUCUUUCAUCUGCACUGGCCAAAAGCGAGGGGAGAAGCAAGGCUAAAAGAGGAGAGGCAGCCAUCGAGACGCAGGGACUCGAAGGGAAGGACAUCAAAUUUCAUUUGGUCGCAAUCACCACAUCGGGUGGCUGGUACCGCAUUGCGUUUGAUCCCUCCCCGACGCCGUCCACGAAUGAUACCAUGGGCUCUUCUACGGUCCUCGACAUGUAUCGGGAUGACCACAGAUCCUCUUCGCAAGUAGAUUCAGAAGCGGCCCACGAAGGCUCGACGAUGGCAACGCAGGAGAAACGGUGUUGGCUCGUCGAGCAACGACGCUUUGCUCUGGGCGGCGAAUGGAGCGACUCCUGACCAAUUGUUCCAAUGCUCUCUCAACUCUCGACAAGACUGCUACACCAUAUUACUCAAGCGCAUUUCUUCUUCUGCUCAGAUGACACACACACAAACACAUAACGUUUCCAUGUUACGGAUCUACAAAUGACGAUACAUCAAGGCAAUGUACCAGGUUCAAGCUUCUCAUUACUCAACAGCGUUCCUCACCCCUUUCCCUGUAAUACCCAAGUCCAGAGUGUGGCGAAAUGGAAUCACAUUGCAGG